UUUCAGACCGCGUCGAAUGUGAAUCUUACUAUUAGGCGAAUGCUCAAGAGUCCGAGAAAGAAGAGUGCGACGCCAUCACGUCCGCCGCGCAGGAAUGGGUCGAGGCAGACCAGUGUAAAGAGGGAGCCACCAGAAAUCAACUUGAGUGCAAUCAGACCCCCCAGCCCAACGGAAGACCCACUUCUAUUGAGUGCGAGUCGUUUGACGUCGACCACCAGGUCUAGAUUUACCCCUGUCUCCUCAAGCUCGUCACCGUAUAGAUAUACCGAUGCUCCGGACACCCAAUCAGGCGAGUGGACGGACACCGAAUCAGAAGGCGAGGGAGAGUACACAGGGCGCUUCAAGAUGUUUCAAGUGCCCACGAAGGCGGACCCACCGACAAGUGGGACAAAGGCGCGCAUGGAGGAGUGGGGUCGACCAGUCAGCCCAUUUCCGUACGAGGCACGACUAGACAGGAGCUUGCCCGAUCCAGAGGAUAUGGAAAUUGCAGAUAGUGAGAAUGAGGGAAUAGAGGGAAAUAUAUUGGAUGCAUUGGAUAUUGAGAGCGUAUUCGAGGAUAUCGUGGAGGUGCCGCCUGCGUCGGACGAUCUAGAAUUCAGUGAUUCGCCAAACAGUGAUCUUCAUAUCGGGGUAGAAGAGAACGAGGAAUCAGAUGUGGAUGUCGAAAGCAAUGUAGUAUGCAUCACAGGUAGCGAUCCAAAGGCUGCAGCAAGAGCCGCUGCGAUUUUGAAAUUACACGAUUACGACUGCGUACUGGCUUCUUCCAAGCACGCUGCUGCACGAAAGUCGCGCACAACGUUCCUUGGGGCAGGCGUCGGGAAACGCCGCAGUUCGAUACAGAGCCGCCGUGCGAUCCACCAGGUAGAUCCGACGCCAUGGUGCGACGUCGAAGGUAUUAUACAGGACAUUACCUUCAUCGAACAACACGCACCUAUAAAACUGCCCCUUCAGGUCAGUUUUGGGCAUACUGAAGAGCGAGUGCCUCAUCUUUUGAAUGCAACAUGCGCCCAACCUCGGUAUAAGCCCAAGGCGGGAGAGUGGAGGCGUGAAGACUGGAAGCUUUUGGAUAAAUGUUUUUUUGAGGAGUGUCAUGUCAACGGAGUUAUCACUUCGCCGAAGGAGGUUAGCAGGGAGGCAGUGGUGAUGCGAUUUCAAUGUCUUGCUGGAGGUCGCGAUGUUGUGGCAGGGCUGGGUCCCCCUUGGAGUUGGGAGAACUUGCUAGCAAGAGUAGAUGUGCUCGUCAAAAAGCGGGUUGCGCGAGCCGAUCUCUCAACACUAUCUUUUGCUAGCUUCGUAUCCCCGGACAUGUCCACGCUGGCAAAUUUCACCUCUACGCCAGUCUCACAAAUACCACGGUACCGUGACCUCUUCGACAAAGCCACUGAUAUUGACGCAACGAAUGUUCCCAUAUCUACAUCAUCUUACGCAGCUAGGUCUCAAUCGACCAUUGUACCACCAGAUCAUCUAGCAGAAAAGACAGGUUUCUUUUCUAGACUUCCAACAUGGGCAUCAUUCCUUCCUCGCCGUGUACAUGUUAAAUCUGACGAUCAUCCCGACCGUCCUCCCUUACCUCCUCCACCCACAGAUCUCAUAGACCGUCGCAAGCCCAUCACGACACCAGCGCGGAAACCUUCGCAGCGGCAGAAACCGCACAAGGAUUUUGUAAAUCUUCACCAUACUACAGCUGUACAGAAGCGUAUGCAGUUGCGCAGGAACAAGCCAAAGCGCCUCGUAGAGCUCCGUCACAUAUCGCCGGAGCCCGUCCAACGCGUCUUCACAGGUGAUCCUCAGAACAGACGGAGUAGCGGUGGUAGCGUCAAGGAUUUGAUCCAACGUUUUGAAGGGACGAAUGAUAUUACUGGCGAAGGAGGUUCUAUACAGAUCUCUACAAGUGUCGUGCAGAGUAGGCUUCCAUGGAAACCAUAACUAUGCAUUCAGACUGGUAUAUGAUAUUUGACUUUCAAAAUGGUCAUUGAAAUACGCAGCAAGAAAAUAUUUUGAUUGAAAAAUUCUACACUAUGAUAGUUUGGUCAGGUGAAUUUGACAAGAAAACCC